UAAAACACACACAGACAAAGACAACCAAAUCCUUAUCUUUAUCAAGUCUUAGUUCCUUCACCACUCUCUUCCUUCACCAUGGAUUCUCAACUGCUUAAUAUAUCAGCCCUUAUCCUCUCCUUUUUCCUCUUCAUGAUUUUGGCACUCAAAAUAGGGACCAAUCUCAAGAAAACUGAGUCAUCUCCAAACAUACCACCAGGACCAUGGAAGCUACCUGUUAUAGGAAACAUACACAAUCUUCUUUCAACUACACCACACAGAAAAUUAAGAGACUUAGCCAAAAUAUAUGGUCCCUUGAUGCAUCUCCAACUUGGGGAGGUCUUCACAAUCAUUGUUUCCUCACCAGAAUAUGCCAAGGAGAUCAUGAAAAACCAUGAUCUCAUCUUUGCAUCAAGGCCUACAAUUCUAGCCUCUGAUAUAUUGUCUUAUGAAUCCACAAAUAUAAUUUUUGCACCCUAUGGAAACUAUUGGAGACAGCUUCGAAAAAUCUGCACAGUGGAGCUUUUCACCCAAAAACGUGUCAGCUCAUUCCAGCCAAUAAGAGAAGAAGUACUGACCCAUCUUGUCAAAAUGAUCGAUUCACAUAAAGGGUCUCCCUUGAACCUCACUGAAGCAGUGCUUUCAUCUGUAUAUAACAUCAUGUCAAGAGCUGCGUUUGGCAUGAAAUGCAAAGACCAAGAGGAAUUCAUAUCAGCGGUGAAAGAAGCUGUGGAAAGUGGAUCGGGUUUUAACAUAGGAGAUCUGUUUCCUUCAGCUAAAUGGCUUCAAAUUAUUACUGGUUUGAGGCCUAAGCUCGAGAGACUGCACGGACAAGUUGAUAGGAUAUUAGGAGACAUCAUCAGUGAACACAAAGAGGCAAAGUCCAAAGGCAGAGGAGGCCAAGGUGAAGCAGAGGAAGAUUUGAUAGAUGUUCUUCUAAAAUUUCAGGAUGGUAAUGAAAGUAACAAGGAUAUUUACUUAACUAUUGACAAUAUCAAGGCUAUAAUCCUGGAUGUGUUUGCUGCUGGAGGAGAGACAUCUGCAACUACCAUUAAUUGGGCAAUGGCAGAGAUGAUGAAGGAUCCAAGAGUAAUGAAGAAAGCACAAGAUGAGGUGAGAGAGGUAUUCAAUAUGAAAGAAGGAGUAGAUAAAGUUUGCAUGGAUGAACUCAAAUAUUUGAAGUUAGUUGUGAAAGAAACCCUAAGGUUACAUCCACCAGCUCCUCUUUUACUUCCAAGAGAAAGCAGAGAAGAAUGUGAGAUUAAAGGGUAUCAUAUUCCAGUCAAAAGCAAGGUAAUUGUGAAUGCUUGGGCAAUAGGAAGAGAUCCAAACUAUUGGAGUGAAGCAGAAAGGUUUUAUCCAGAGAGAUUCAUUGAUAGCUCUGUUGACUACAAAGGGAACAAUUUUGAGUACAUUCCUUUUGGUGCUGGAAGAAGAAUAUGCCCAGGCAGCACAUUUGGUUUGAUAAGUGUUGAGCUGACACUUGCAUUUUUGUUGUAUCACUUUGAUUGGAAGCUUCCCAUGGGAAUCAAAAAUGAGGAUUUGGACAUGACUGAGCAAUUUGGAGUUACUGUUAGAAGAAAAGAUGACCUAUACUUGAUACCUGUUACUUCUCCAUCUUUUCUGGUAAGAUAAACCAUACCAGAAAUUACUAUAACCUUUUUGAAUUUUUCUGGAUUACCCAAUUGAAAGAAGCUUGUUUUUCUUUGGUGACUUUUUUAGAACUGAAGAUUAUAUGGUGCAUCCAAAGUCAGCGACACUUCUGGUAUGAACUUGCUUUAUAGCUACGGAACUGAAUGCUUCUUUUGUUUCUUA